AUGCCUGGAAUAGACUGGGCUCGUUCUCUGCUAGAAAGACACGAAAGAGAGAUCAAUCAAAAAGUGUCGGCGAAUUUAAAAAUGUCACGUGCACGUAUUUCGCGUGAUAUCGUCGUAGAAUAUUUUAAUAAUCUGAGAGAAACGCUGAAAGAUCUCCCAGCCGCUAACGUGUUCAAUUACGACGAAACGAAUUUUCAAGAUGACCCUGGGAAGCAUUUCGUCGUGGAACCAAGUAUCCAGAACGCAUAUGCAACUUUACAAAGACAACAAUAUCAAUUAUGA